AUGUAUAACAACCCCAUUCUGCCAGGUUUCAAUCCCGACCCCUCGAUCAUCCGGGUCGGAGGAGACUUCUUUCUCGUAACAUCCUCCUUUGAAUACUUCCCUGGGGCGCCAAUCUACCACAGCACAGACCUUAUCCGGUGGGCUCUCAUCGGCCAUGCCCUUACCCGACCCAGUCAGAUCCAGAUCCAGACUCCGGAGCCGGGUGGUGGAGUGUGGGCCACUACCUUGCGGUAUCAUAAUGGGGUCUUUUAUAUUCUUGCAGCUUGUUUCCAGCGGUAUCGGCCCCAAGACGAUGACCGUGUCUGGCCGCGCGGGUUUUACGUGAAGACCACGGAUAUCUGGGAUUCGGAGUCAUGGUCGGACCCGGUGUAUUUUGACCAGGUUGGUUUUGAUCAAGAUCUCUUCUGGGACGAUGAUGGCACUGUCUAUCUCUCGUCCACUUAUCGGAAGCUUGAACGAACCCCGAAUGCAAACCUCAAGGACUUUGCUAUUCACAUUGUCACUGUCGACCUAGAAACAGGGGCGUCAACCUCAGAGCCCAAGCUCAUCCGGGAGUCAACCUCCGGUGUCGCGGAGGGAUCGCAUAUCUUCAAAAAGGGCUCAUACUACUAUCUCUUCACAGCGGAGGGCGGCACCGAGAGCGGUCAUUGUGAAUGGGUCAGUCGGAGCACGACGAGUCCAUUUGGGCCGUGGGAAGUGGGAUCAGCAAAUCCUCUUUGGCGGAACGGGAAGGACGACGCUGUCCAAAACACCGGACAUGCAGACUUGGUGGAAGAUGCGAGUGGACAGUGGUGGGCUGUCUUGCUUGGAGUGCGACCAGUGUGGAGGGAUGAAUGCUGGGAGGAAUCAGUCUUUGGACGUGAGACCUUUCUCGUUCCCGUUGACUGGGAGAACGACUGGCCCGUUGUCAAUUGUGGCCAGAAGAUUCCGCUCCAAUCUGACAGCCCCCACCUGUACGAGCUGUCCGUUCCAGUCACCUGGUAUGAUGACUUCUCGGCCCGCGACCUGCAGCUCGGAUGGUAUCGCAAGAACACGCCCGUCGUCCGCGAUUACUCUCUCACCGAGCGACCACAUCACCUCCGCCUUUACGGGGGUCCGUACAACCUCUCCGACCCGGCAUGCCCGACGCUUUUUCUUCGCAAGCAAACCCACCGAUUCUGUACCUGGGAGACCCGGCUUUCCUUCCAUCUGACGAACAGUGCCGCUGAGGCAGGGUCCGUGGUCUGGUGGAACUAUUUCACGUAUAGUAGCAUCGGGGUUCGCAGCAAGAAUGGGAGGCGAUUCGUUCGGCUGCGGCCUGUUCAGGACGAUCCGGUGGACUGCGAUUUACACCAUUUGCAGUCGGAUGUCCGUUUCAUCGUCGAGUGUGGGGAUCGCUACCGGUUUGGAAUCCAGGAGGUCCCCGAUGAGGAGCCGGUGGAGGAACCUAUCCGAUGGAUAGGCGAGGUGGACAAUCGCAGCAUGACUGCGGCCCCGGCGGUGGGAGCUGCCUUUACGGGCAUGAUGCUGGGUGUGUACGCGUUCGGGGAGAGGCAGCGCUGUCUGGUCCCUGCAGAUUUUCAUUAUGCGCGAUGGAGAUAGCUUGUGGGCUCUGGUUCUAUAGCGAGAGGGUUAGAGCAUUUUCACCAAACCUCGGCGUGAAGCUAUGUGGUAC